UUCUUUUGGCUUCACUUUACACUUUCAGCUUAGGGUUUCUCCUCUCUCCAGAAAAAGAAAACCCUAACAACAAUGGCAACCGCAGCCCCGGCCCCUGUAGAGUCGGUGCAAUGUUUCGGCCGCAAGAAGACGGCCGUCGCCGUCACUUACUGCAAGCGCGGCCGCGGUCUGAUCAAGAUCAACGGCUGUCCAAUCGAGCUGGUGGAGCCGGAGAUCCUGCGCUUCAAGGCUUACGAACCGAUCCUCUUGCUCGGACGACACCGUUUCGCCGGCGUCGACAUGAGGAUUCGCGUGAAGGGCGGAGGACACACGUCGCAGAUCUACGCGAUCAGACAGAGCAUAGCUAAGGCACUCGUGGCGUUUUACCAGAAGUUCGUUGACGAGCAGAGCAAAAGGGAGAUCAAGGACAUUCUUGUAAGGUACGACAGGACCUUGCUUGUGGCGGAUCCCAGGCGGUGCGAGCCCAAAAAAUUUGGUGGUCGUGGUGCCAGAGCUAGGUUCCAGAAGAGUUACCGUUGAACGGACGACUGGUCGUUUUUACAGUGCUGGCUUGUUUUGACUUUUAUCAAAUUUUGGGAAUUUAGACUUCGGAAGGAUAUUAGUGAAAUGGGCUAUUGUUGUUUUGGUGUCCUAAGCGGUUUCACUAGUCUUUGUUAUUAUCUUUAUUAUGGAUCAUUUGCUUAAGCUUAAUGGAUGAUUAUAGUUGUCAAAUUCAUGUUGGAUUGUUAUUAUUA